UCGGUUAGUGACUAGGGGGAAAGAACUGCAAAAUUAUGUCGGUGACCUUCCGGAGAACAGACUGUUGGCUUAUAGUUCGCACCGUGGAGCCGUUCGCCGAGUGAGAUGACGUUCCCGAUGCUGGUGCUUCGAGCCCUGACGUUGCUGGUGACGGCUUCGGUCGCCAAGGCCCAUCUCAAUAUCUUCAUCAACCAGGAGGAAGUGAUGAAGUUGCUGGGCCUGUCGGCGGAGCUGUUCUACGUACGAGAGGGCGUGGUCAACACGUACGCCAUGAACUUCGUGGUGCCCGUGCCGGCACACAUCAGCGAUCUGGUCUUCUCCUGGCAGUCGCUCGCCAAAAACCCGCUGCCGUACGUGCUGGCGAUCGACUACGACAACCACGAGGCGAUGCGCCCACCGCAGCUAAACAUCUCGUCCCGAGGCCUCAUACCGACCAGGGUGCAGACUUUCAGGGUUCGGUUCCCGUGCACAGGAGUGGUCAGCGCGGAGAUCCAGGUGCUGCUGCAGCUCAACGUGAGCUCGCACAACCCGCUGCACAACCAGACCUGCCUCAACUUCCGGCGCAACAAGAUCUGCCUUAAAGAGGAGGCGUCGCCGCGAAACGACUCGAUCCGGCUGGACCCCGCCUCCCUGGUGACGUCUAGCGGCACCUUUUAUGUGGCGGUCGGCUGCGCAUGCGCUAUGAUCGUCGUCGUCAUUGCCAUCACGUCUGUUGUCUACGUCAAGAGCAAGAAGCUGCGAACCCAGCAGUCGCUGCACACUACGUACACGAGCGCGGCGUACGGCAGCAGCCCGAACGUGUUCAUCCGGCUGGAGGCGCUGGGCCGCGCGGGCAGCGUGGCCAGCGGCAGCUACGCCACCAUCGCCAGCUUCACCAAGGUGGCGCCCGCCGCCGCCGCCGCCGCCGCCGCGUCGCCGCUGCCGUCGCAGGCGCACUCGCUGUCGCAGCCGCCCUGUCCCUACGCCACCACCUUCCUGUCCGGCACCGCCACAUCUGACGACUACCACGUCUACGCCAAGCCCGCCUCCCUCUGCCCCACGUACUACGCUUCGUCUCGCCUGUCGCAGCUGUCUCAGCACUCGCUGUACGACCCGCGGCUGACGGACCCCACGAGCCGGCUGCGCGCCGUCGCCGUGGAGCGGUCGUCCAUCUCGGUGCACGAGCUGCUGCACGAGGGCACCUUCGGCCGCGUCUACCGGGGCGUCUUCCGCAACCAGCAGGUCACCGUCAAGACCGUCUCCGACCAGGCGUCGCGCCUGCAGGUGUCCCUGCUGCUGGCGGAAGGUUCGAUGCUGCACGGGCUGAGCCACCAGAACCUGCUGCCGCUGCUCGCAGCCAGCGUGGAGGCGCGCCUGCCGCCGCUGCUCGUCUACCCGCACUGCGCCAAGGGCAACCUCAAAAAGUUCCUGCAGAGCUGCCGCACGCGGACGGAGGACCAGUGCACGCUGCUGACGCAGGACAUCGUGGACAUCGCUAUCCAGCUGGCGCUGGCCGUCAUCUUCCUGCACAGUCAGAGGGUCUGCCACAAGGACAUCGCCACCAGGAACUGCGUACUGGACGAGAAGCUGCGCGUGCGCCUCACAGACAACGCGCUGUCGCGGGACCUGUUCCCCACGGACUACUACUGCCUCGGAGACAACGAGAACCGUCCUAUCAAGUGGCUCGCUAUUGAGAGUCUCGUGCACAAGCAGUUCAGCGCCGCCUCCGACGUGUGGGCGUUCGGCGUGCUUCUGUGGGAGCUGACGACGCUGGGCCAGCAGCCGUACGUGGAGGUGGACCCCUUCGAGAUGAGCGCCUACCUGCGGGACGGCUACCGCCUGUCGCAGCCGCUCAACUGUCCGGACGAGCUGUUCACUUUGAUGGCGUGGUGCUGGCUGUCGAAACCUGAGGACCGCGUCACGUUCAGCCAGAUGCUCUCUUGUUUGCAAGAGCUGUACACGGCGCUAGGGCAGUACAUCUAAGAAGACGCCGACCGGCAGAGCUAUUUUUGUAGAGUGCGGCGCCACGUGAUUUGAGCGUAGAGACGGCAGAGGUGCUCGCGACAUCACUACGUCGGCGUUUCAUGUCAUGAGUAAAACGUACUGAAGCCUGGAAAUAUUGCACUUGUACACAUCUAAUUAAAUUUGCCGUAAGGAGAUAUUUUGUAUAGGCAGCCGUUAGUCAGAUAAUGUGAUGUUUGUGAUAAUUCGAACUAUUUUGUAUUUUUGUAGAUUUUGUUAUGAUAAUGACUAUUUAAAAAAACGGAAAAAUAUUGAGAAUGUUAGGCGAUAGCCAACACACUAGACUGGACGUUCUACGUGUAUGGUUUAAAGAAAUGGGAGACAUGUAUCUAGCAGGAUGACUUGUUCCAUGGACUGCCCGAGAGAAAUAUAUGGCAGACAGAAGGCUUUUUUAUGAAAAUAUAUUUAUUCGAACAAUUUCAUUGUGUUCAUAUCAAUGUGGUCUUUUGAUUUUGUGCUGCAGCACCCAUUCGAAAUGUGAACAUGUUUCUCACAAUUACUGAAUGUGCUACUCCUUUAGAAGUGGGAAGAGUCGUAAUGGAAAAUUAAGGAUUUGAGAUCAAUUAAGGUCCUAGGCUAAGAACUGACUCAAUAUUUAAAGAUGUGCCAUAUAUUUUUGGGUGUAAUUUUAAGUGAACUGUUGGAAUUCGUUACGACUGUGUAAUGAAAAAUAAUUAUGUUAUGGAACAGAAAGGGCCUAAUUUUGUGCAAUAGUUUAGUUUUAUUCCCGUAAGGAGAGUCAAUGGUAUAGUUUAUAUUUAAAGAGAAAUUUAUUCAAAUACAUUUAUUUCAACACAGCAUGAAGUGAUAUUUCACAACACUGACAGACAACACUGUAACAAGAUUUUUCCUUUAUUUCCCUCGAUGUGUCGCAAGCAUGCCUGAGCUGCUCAUAUACUUGAAGCAACGUAUCAUUUUUACUGAAGAAAUUAACGCAAAUAACUGGAAAUUCAUCUUCACAGAAUGAACAAGCUCUUCACCUUUCACUGUCUUUGUGUUUCGGUUUAUUACUCACUCGAAUUUUUCUAUCAAACACUUGGAUCUUUCAAUAUCUGGUAUUUCUGUGCUUUGCGUAAUAUAUCUGUACUAGUGGCUCAAAUUUCAUCCUUGGCAUAAGAAAGACAACAUAAUUCCUCUCAUACAAUAUUCAUUGCUGCUACCUUCAGAGUUGAAGGAUUUAACGCCUCUCCUUCUCCAGCAGUAUCACCUACGUCUCUUUCGUUUUAUAACUAUUAAGCGUCCUUCCUACCAGUACUUGCAGUUUGUUUAAGGAAUAACAGGGUUGUUGGUUGGAAUGUAUCAUAAAAUGUAAUGUAAUUACUGUAAACGUUUGUUAAUCAUUAAUGCGGAAUAUUAAACAUAUAAUUCAGAAGUUUAUUGUAAUGUUCGGAGUUUUUAUUGCAUGAUAUCGAAAAAUUUGUGUCUGAUUGUUAAUGUAACUACAGCUAGACUUAUUUGGUGUUAUUAUAUCUGUGCGUAAAGUACAAUGCGAAACAUAUGGACUUAGUUGUUCAAAGCGAAAUGGCAUCACAUACUGAAAGUUCAUUCUUGUUUGCAGUUGCAAGUCAGCACCAAAGACCCUCUAUAUAAAAUAACCUCAACAACACCCUAAGCACUGCAGGAAUGCACCUCUUCUCAAUUAAUGUGGAAUAUAUCGAUUUCUCUCUGUCUGUCUAGAGGCUAUUUCGCUUUUAAUUAGCCUAUAUACACGUAUACUUUGGAACUAUAAUAUUCUGAUUGGUGUUCUUGUAACCGUCGUUGUAUUCUUAUCGCCCAUUGAUGUUUAUUGAGAUUUGUAUAUUGUUUUACAAAUUAUAUACUGUAUGUAUGUGGACUCUCGCUGCAUGUGACUACCUCUGUUGUAAUAU